CGUAUAUGUAACCUCGUUGUGGCCACGUGGUCGGCAUCGUGCACGCAGAGACGAUGUACCAAGCUGAAGAGUUUGUAGAAGGAGGAUAUGACGCAUCUGCGUAUAACCCUCAGUUUGACUCUCAGUUCGACCAAACUACAUAUCAAUAUGUUUACGGAAGAUCGGCUGAAGCCGAAGAAGCAAAGGGAAGCGUGACUCGUCUGAACAUACCAGAUGUAGUCAGAAGCUUCGUAGUCUACUUUGAUAGACAAGUUGCCGAGAAGAACAUCGUAGAAAUACAAAAUGUCUACGAAAUAAGUUUCAACAAGCUUUCUGAGCGAUUCUACAAGAAUGCUCCAUGGCCAGAAGUGGAGCACGUUGAGCAAGUCGUCGGACACGACGGUGUAUUUCUUAUUCUUUACAAGGAGCUCUACUUCCGGCACAUCUACGCGAGACAACAGCAUUUGUCCGGCAUGCCGACGCUAGAGCAACGAUUUGAAUCGUACUACAACUACUGCGAUCUCUUUAACUACAUUCUAAAUGCCGAAGAACCGGUGGAGUUGGAGCUGCCGAAUCAGUGGCUGUGGGACAUCAUUGAUGAAUUCAUUUACCAAUUUCAGUCGUUUUGUCAGUAUCGAUGCAAACUGAAGAACAAGCCCGAAGAAGAGAUUAUCAUAUUGAGAUCGAAUCCGAUGGUGUGGAACGUUCACAGCGUACUGAACGUAUUGCACUCUCUAGUAGAAAAGUCACACAUCAACGAACAGUUGAGAGCCGAACAAGCGGGCGAAGAUCCGGCUGAAGUAUCCGGCGUGUUCGGCGAUCGACCGCUCUAUAAGAUGCUCGGAUACUUCAGUCUCGUCGGAUUGUUGAGACUCCAUUCACUGCUUGGCGACUAUCACGAAGCGAUUCAUGCUCUACGUCACGUUCAAUUGAAUAAAAAGACGCUGUCUGCUGUUGUGCCUGGUUGCCAGGUUACAACCAAUUACUACGUGGGAUUUGCUUACUUAAUGAUGCGGAGAUAUCAGGAGGCGAUUCAAACAUUUUGUAACAUUCUGCUCUACGUUCAACGUCACAAGCAGCUCUUGCAGAUGAAGAGUGUGCAAUACGAAACGACAUCGAAGCAUAGUGAUCAGAUGUACGCUUUGCUUGCGAUUACCCUGGGACUGUCUCCUCAGAGAAUCGAUGAAAGUGUCCAUAGCCAACUAAGGGAAAAGAUGGUGGAUAGAGUCGACCAGUUGGCAAAGGGAGAUGAAAAGUUGUUUGAAGAAAUGUUUUCGUAUGCUUGUCCGAAAUUUCUAUCGGCUGUACCGCCCAACUAUGAUGGUCCACGCGUGAACCUCAACAAGGAGCCGUUUCAAUUGCAGCUCAAACUUUUUAUGACCGAAGUCCAGCAGCAAAAGCCGACUGCAGAUAUACGAAGUUAUCUCAAAUUGUAUACGACCUUGCCUCUGAGCAAGUUGGCCGCUCUGAUGGAGAAGAGUGAAGAUGAAGUACGAGCCAAACUGAUGUGUUUCAAGCACAAGUUGAGAAGCUGUUGGGCAGUUACGGCCGAGAGAGAUCCGUCAGCAACGGACGUCGACUUUUAUGUCGACGGAGAUAUGAUACACAUUGCCGACACUAAGGUAACACGUCACUACGGAGACUUCUUUGUUCGACACAUACACAAGUAUCAAGAGAUGAGCGAGCAAUUUCUAGCGUCAGCAUCUCAGUUGCGUAAGACAUGAGACUUGUCAUAUAAAUGUAGCACUAAAGUCUACUCGAAGCUUAACUUAGUAUCUCUACUCAUAUUGCGAGCAUUCUUCAUAGAUAGAAGUC